AGGGGCGCCGGCGUCGGCGGGCCGGGGCGAUGGCGGAGGCGGGCGGCCUGGAGGCGGCGUCCGAGCACGAGCGCAUCCUGCGCGAGGUCGACAGCACCGACACGGCCUGCAUCGGGCCCACCCUCAGGUCUGUCUAUGAUGGAGAGGAGCACGGGCAGUUCAUGCAGAAGCUUGAUGCUCGCAUCCGGAACCACGACCGCGAGAUUGAGAAGAUGUGCAACUUUCACUACCAGGGCUUUGUGGACGCCAUCACAGAGUUCUUGAAAGUCCGGGCUGAGGCGCAGAAACUCAAGAACCAAGUGACGGACACGAACAGAAAACUGCAGGUGGAAAGCAAGAAGCUGGUGGGAGCAAUGGAUGAGCUGAAACAGUGUCGCCUCCAGCAGCGGAAUAUUUCUGUGACUGUGGAUAAGCUCACACAGUGUCUUCCUGUUCUGGAGAUGGAUCGGAAGCUGAGAGAACAAAUGAAGUCUAAAAGACACUACCCUGCUCUGAAGUCACUGGAGCACCUUGAGCACACUUACCUGCCACAGGUGAGCCAUUAUCGCUUCUGCAAGGUCAUGGUGGACAGCAUCCCAAGUCUGCGCGAGGAAAUCAAGGCAGUUUCCAUGUCUGACCUUAAAGACUUCCUGGAGAGCAUCCGCAAGCACUCGGACAAGAUCGGUGAGACGGCCAUGAAACAGGCCCAGCAGCAAAGGAACCUGGACCACUUCAUGCCUCGGCCCUGCAAGACCGGCAGCAGAAGGCUCAAGAGAGAUGCCGGCCUGAGCUCAGAUCUAGGGGGCCAGAACAGCAGCCCCAUGUCUGAGCAGGAUUCUGGGAUCCUGGAUGUCGAGGAGGAGGAGGAGGAAGAGGUUCCAGGGGCCCAAGAGCUGGUCGACUUCUCACCUGUGUACCGCUGCCUACACAUCUAUUCAGUACUGGGGGCCCGAGAAACCUUUGAGAGCUACUACCGGAAGCAACGGCGGAAGCAGGCCCGGCUGGUGCUGCAGCCCCCCUCCAACAUGCAUGAAACCCUGAACGGCUACCGGAAGUAUUUUAAUCAGAUUGUGGGAUUCUUCGUCAUCGAGGACCACGUCCUGCACACCUUGCUGGGCUUGGUGGACAGAGCCUACCUUGAGGAGCUGUGGGACAUGGCGCUCUCGAAAACCAUCGCUGUCCUGCGGACUCAUUCAUCCUACUGCUCCGACCCCGACCUCGUCUUGGACCUGAAGAACCUCAUUGUCCUUUUUGCUGACACGCUGCAGGGUUACGGCUUUCCUGUCCACCAGCUCUUCGACUUGCUGCUGGAAAUCCGGGAUCAGUACAGCGAGACGCUGCUGAAGAAAUGGGCAGGAGUCUUCAGAAAUAUCCUUGAUUUGGACAAUUACAGCCCAAUCCCCGUGGUCUCUGAAGAGCUGUAUCAGAAGGUGGUGGGUCAGUUUCCAUUCCACGAUGCAGAGCUCGCAAAGCAACCAUUCCCAAAGAAGUUCCCCUUUUCUGAGUUUGUGCCUAAAGUUUACAUCCAGAUCAAAGAAUUCAUCUACGCUUGCCUAAAGUUCUCUGAAGAUCUUCAUCUCAGCUCUACAGAGGUUGAUGACAUGAUCCGGAAAUCUACUAAUUUGCUGCUGACUCGAACUCUGAGCAGUUGUUUACAGAAUGCCAUCAAGAGGAGGAAUGUCGGCCUGACAGAGGCACAGAUCUCUGCCCGUGGUGCCUUGCGAGAGCUCCACGUUCUUUACUGGGGUCUGGGGCUGCAUCUCGCCCUUGAUGCCCGUGACCCUUCCUCGCCGGUUGAUGGGUCUGUAACUUUGCAUGUGGAAAAUGCCGGUUCAGUCCGCCAUAAAAAGAACUUGGGUAGACAGGUUCUGGCCAAGAUGGGAGGACUGGACCCAAGGUCCACGGGGGCUGUCGAAGCCUAUUCGGCUAUGCCGCCGGGCGAGGGCGUUCACAUGCUCUGGGGUCCCCUGCCGGCAGCUCUAGUGGAGCCACUCACAAUUUCCUCCACUUCUGACAAGGCAAAAAAACUCAGGUGGACAGUGGGAGACACAGGCUGUGGGCCUCGCCCCACUUACACCCCAUUCCUGCGGCAGGCCAGGCACAGGUUCCCGACCCCCACCACGGAGCCCCAAAGAGCCAUCUUUUGCUCUCUGUCCGGUCUUUGCUGGCUGGGCCGGUGGCUGCAUUCGUUCCCAAGGAAGAAGGGCUGGCUGAUUGAGUUCUGCCCACGGGUCUGGCAGGCGUCCUUGGCUGAUAGUGGGCAGCAGAAGCAGCAGCAUUUUUCAGGACGGGCAGAAGCCGAGGUGGACCAGACAGUCAAGGCCCAAACACAAAGGGGUUCUUUCUCAGGCGGUGAGACGGUCCCUGAUGGACACCUGGAUGGCAGGAGGCCGGGGUCCCCCUCCCAGCUCUGGAAUGUUCUCUUCCCCAACGGCAGGCUGGUAAUUAAGUCUAGCAGCCGGGCCACGUUGAAGGCCCUCUUCCACAUGGUGCAUGUUGCGCUCAGCCUAGUUCGAUUUCCCCCUGCGGACCUAGGGCAAUUGUGGCCCGCUCUCAGCAUCUCUGUCCUGGCCCAGGAAAGAGACGGCAUCCUCACACUUGAGCAGCUCUGCUGGGCUCUGCUUGGCAGGAAAGCCAGAGAUGGCCAUGCUGAGAACUGGGGGCUCCUCCGCACCUUGUACUUCUGGAAAGAUCUCCCCGAUCCCGAGUGGGCGCUGCAGGCGGAGAGGGGGUGCCCUUGCAAGCCCCUGCUCCGUGACCCCACCUCUCCCUGUUACUCCCGGGGGCAGCAUGACAAGCAAACUGAAUGUAACUCCUGCCACAGGCGGCUCCGAGAGCAUCUGCUGCGGAAUGAGUUGCACGUCCAGAACUCUGUGCAGCAUUCUAGUGAGGUGAAACGCAUCAGCAGCCCGUUCCAAGGAGGAGGGCCUUCUGGACCCCCUGGGGAGAAGGUGGCUGAUGGACAGCUGAGUCUUUCCCACUCUGCUCUGGUUUUCCCAGCAAGGGCUGAUCAAGGCGGCCUCUGCAGCUGGGCGACUGGGAGCCUGAUUGCAGAUUUAUUGGGGAUGUCCUCCAGCGUGCUGGGCGGAGGAGCUUUGUGGACAUUUGCCGUGGCUGCGCUGGUGUCUCACAAUCAUCCAGUUAGUGGCGCUUGUCUGUCUGUGUCUUGUCUUGCCUCCAGGCUUACUUUGCGGGAUAUUUUUGUCAGCAGUUUUGGGACAGAGGCUGAUCGGGCCCUACGGAUCCCUCCCUUGUCGGAAUGCUUCCUGGCAGUGGGCUUUGUGGUUGUACCAUUAGGAAGCAGCAUUAGGCAUGGCUCGGAAGUGGCUGAAUUCAACGAUCGUUUGCAAGUGGACGGGAAAAUCCAGUUACAAAUGAUCAUCGUGAGAGUGCAUUACCCAGCGUGUGUGAAAACAUCCAAAGCCGUGUCACUAACUUCAAGAGCUGACUGCAGCAAAUCCCCCAGUGAACGGCUGCUCUUGAAAAUCCACCAGAAGCUGCACUCUCCAGUACCUCUCCUGCAAGCCCCCUGGUUUUCAUGGGGCUCAAAUCACGGCUGGGCUUUUCCAUUCCUGACCGGCAAGGUGGCCCAGACGGCCUGCAUGUCCGCCUGCAAGCACUUGUCUACCUCUCUGAUGCAGCUGCUCUUGGAAGCGGAAGUGCGGCAGCUCUCCCUGGGGGCCUUGCGCCAGUUCAACCUGGACGUGGAAGAAUGCGAGCAGUUUGCCAGAUCCGGCCCUGUGCCUGGGUUCCAAGGGGACACGCUGCAGUUGGCCUUCAUUGACUUGAGACAACUCCUAGAUUUGUUCCUCCAGUGGGACUGGUCCACGUACUUGGCCGAUUACGGACAGCCAACCUGCAAAUACCUUCGUGUGAACCCGGCGACGGCGCUGGUCUUGCUGGAGAAGAUCUCACGAGAGAUGAAGGACAGCAGCCGCAAGAACAACGUCUUUGCCCAGUUCCGGAAGAACGAGCGGGACAAGCAGAAGUUGCUGGAGGGAGUGGCCAAGCAGCUGCGCAGCCUCGUCCACAGCCAGCACUCCUGAGGGCAGCGGGACUUCCGGGCAGCGGCCCAUAAGCACUCUGGAGGGGGGGGGGACCUGGUAUCUGUGCUCGGCAGCAGCCACUGGGCACCAGGAAGGGAUGUGAGGGGGACCCCCCCUUUCCAAGCCUUCCUUCUGUGUUGCCACAAACGUCUUGCACUUGCCCUCUGCUGCUGUAGGGAAGGGCUUGGGGGUGCUGGGGAGGCCUUGGAAGGCAUCCGUUGUGCUUGCAAUAAUCUCCUCCUCUCGCCAGAAGCUUGGAGGCUGACUGUGGGCCCCGAAGCCUACUCAAGCAGCGAAAGACAACUUGCUGGUUUGGGGUUUCUCAUCAAAGUGCCAUUUUGAAAAUAUGCAGGACUUCCAGACGGGCGUCGGCACCCCCAAUGUCCCAUGGGCGCCACUGUAAAGAAGCAGACUACUGUGGAUGGCAGUGUUAGGGAUGUAGUUAUUGGGGGAGGGGGGUGAUGGUGUGGCUGUGUGGAGCAACAAGAAGCUCUCCAUGCCUGGGCUUCUGGGUGUGGAUCUGGGCCUUCCCAGGGGCUCUGUCACAUGCCUUUAUAGAGCGCUGCACGCUGGAGCCUCCAAAAGAUGGCUUCCCAACCCCACAGAGCAACCAGUGGAAACUUCUCCCUGUAAGACGUGGCCCUGAGCCAGCCGGAAAGAGCAGAAGCCCACUUUAGUCCUGGCUCCUUGGAUGUGGAGGUUGUUGUGCCUCUGCUGAGACCCCCAUGGUGUAAUUGUGGAACAGGAGGUCUGCUCAAACCCUUUGGCCUCCUGGAGCGAUCUCCAAGGGGACAGUUUGUGGGGUUUUGUGAGAUGCAGAAGGGCCCCGGUCACUCUCCAUUCUGCUCCAGCCACGGUCUGAAAGGCCUUUAGCCGUUCCCCUUCUGCAGUCCCAUGAGAUAGAUUUCCUGGUUUGCACCUUGCUCUUAGGCCAAGGUCGGUGCAUUUGGGUUUUGUUAAAAGAGGUGGCUUUUCUUUCUCAACCUUCCACUGGAGCCACGGCUGCAUUUUCGCCACAGCGCUCUGCGAUUACAGCUUAUCCGUCCAUCUGGACCGGUGGCGCAUCCUGGCCGUGCGUCUGUCACGCUCUUAACUUCUUCUUAUGGGCAUCAACAGUUUUUUCUCAGCAGUGCAUUUUUCUAACUAGGGUAUGCCACCGUUUGUGGCCCUAUUUGUAAGCUGUGUGUUUUGGGAGAACUGUCCUUCCCUAGAUGUUCUCAGGGACGCGGAGGGCUUUGUUUAAUGUCUGUGGGGGGAUCAGGGGGCAGGGACCUUCCUCUUCAAUUUACACACACACAGAAACAACUCUUGGUUUUUAAAAAGGAGAAACAGCCGAGCCAGAAAGAAAGGCCUGUUUUGGCUUAGUGGCCUCCUGGUCUCUCCAUUCCAGCUAAGAUCUGUUCCUCUUCUCUUGGGGCGGGGGGUCCUGGCUGUUUGUGCUGCAUGGUUGGGGUAGAUCACGUAGGAGCAGAUUCCAGCAAGAGGCAUCUGUUCUCUUGCUCCGCUCCUGCACACCUCCCUGAGGCCUGUCCUGCAAUAUUUCCAGGGAGAUCACACCCUGGGGGGAAACAACGUGUUUGAAGAUUGCAAGGAAGAUUUGGGAAAGCUUGGGGAGAUGCUGCCCAGCUGGGCAGGGAAAGGAGGAGGGGGUGCAGCUCUACAGCCAGGCAUGCCAUAGGCAGGACAAAGGGAUCUGUUACUGCUGCCCAGGCUGUGCCAAGAAAGUUGUUUCUUGUUGGCCACAUGUGGGGACUUGGUCUUGGGAGCGGGGCGUGGCUUGCUGCCGGCAAGAUGUUGUGCUCCUUCCGGGUGGCCCCUUGCUCUUCUGCACAGCUCCUUGGCGGUUCUGUUUUUCUUAGCCAGAGAAAGACCAGCUGAUGCGUGUUUUGCUGGCAGCCCCUUUGAAGGGAGGGCUCCAUGGUUGGGAGCUGAUAGGAUGGGAUGCAUCCCAGGAGGGUCGCACAGGAGAUCUGCAGCAGUCCCAGGUGGCUGCUUUCCUCUUCGGGGGCACUGAGGCACGCCACCAUCUUGGUAGGAUGGACUUCUUGGCCGCUCCUUCCAUCACCUCAGGUCUCUUCUGCAGGGCCUGCUGGCUUGGAGCAAAUGCUCUUGGAAAUCUGGUGACCCAAAUCCUUGUUUUGGGCAACUUCAGAUUUCUUCCAUAACUUAGAGGAUACCAGUGUGGGUGCGACAUCCAUGGAAUACAAAGGUCUGCCAAACCCAGUCCGCCCUUUGCCUAGGCAGGGUUUUACCUGUGUGUUCAUUAGCAAGGUCACCAAAGUAUGUUGUGAUGGACCAAGAAAGCACGGGUAUUAGCUGCCAAACAUUCCUGACGGAGGACCGUCCAGUGAAUGAUUCACCUGGUUGCCAUUGGUUUGCCUUUGUAGCUUAGUUAGCCAAGGUGCAUUUGCGGUGUGUUGCCAGUGGGGUGAACCGGGCCCUGUUUCCACAGUGCCAAGUACACUCGACGUCCCAACGUAGACAUCAAAGCUGGUCUUGUGAGGAGAACAUUCCAAGGCUGCUGGGGAUGGACAGAGCCGGUCUCCCGUUCCUCCUGGGGAGGGCUCCCUGUGGAUCGCGUCAGCAACUCAGUUCAACUUCCUUUUGAAUGUUGUAGCUCCUAUUCUCUGUCCCCUACUUUGCCAGCAUAUAAUGAACAUACACAGAACGACCGGGCAAGAUGAUCUAGUUUGCUAGUCAAAAUGGCAUCCCUUCCUUGUGGCAUUACAAGGAGUUCUGGGCCACCUCUCUUGCACCUCUCGCCACACCCCCCAGUGCCUGUCGGCAGUCACUUGGGGCUUGCUUCUGCAUUCCAUCCCACCUGGAAUCAACCAGUAAUAGUCGACAAAACCUGGCAGGGACACAGAGAAGUGUUUCCACCUGUGCUGGUGUCAGACAAGGUGGAGCUUCCUCUGAGGCGGCCUCUCCAGACCCAUCUUUAGUUACCUGUGUCAGCUGGUGACUUAGCCGUAUUUCCUGCUGGGGAUUUCUGUGCCUCCGCAUUGAAGCAAAGAGAAGUGCCCCCGCUGCUGCCUGGGAGGUUGUCUUAUCAGCUCAGCUGGGACCAGUUGUUGGUCUGAGAAGGGAAGCCAAAGAGCCACUGAGUCUCAACGUUCAAGGAUGCAGCUGGAAUGUUUGCGGCAUGCGAUGUUUUGUUGAGUCGUCUUAUCAAAAAAGGGAGGCAGUCCUUGACUGAAAGGCUUCAGCCGGCCACAACUGUUCGGUGAGCUGCAGCUGGGCCUUCCGUCGAGCAUCUGAGGGGCUUAAUGUAAAGAGGAGCGCAGCAGAAUUGCCAAACAAACCGUUUCUGCUCAGAGCAUCUCCUGGCCCUGCGAGUGGACUGUCUGGCACACGCAAACUCUUUGGAGCCACGAAGCCACCACCCGUGGCAGUUUGGAGGUUCCUUCUGGCAGCGUCCGGUUUCAGGAGAGUCGGGGCUCCAAACUACAAGUCACACAGUGGGGGUGAAAAGUAGAAAAGUGGGAUUUUGGUGCUCUGUUCCUAAUUAACAUUUUGUUCCAAUCCACGCAGUCCUGUCCCUUCAAAAGAAAAUUAAUCAUUUCAACAGAUUGCUUUUCUGAAGAAGUAAAAUUUGUGCCACACACACAACAUGGAAGACCUUUUUAUUCUGAAUGCCUUUCAGCUCUCCCAAAGGAGUUGCAUUCUCUGCUGUGAAUAGUUUGAUGCAGACAGAGGGAGGGGGUCCUGUUGUGAUGAGAAGGACCCCCCCCCCACCAGUAAACUUUCUGUGCUUCUUUGCAGCCACUUGGGUGGCAGAAUGCUGUCGCUCCCUCCCCUCCUGGCCCUGCUGCCAUGACCCAAUAACGUCCCCGUGUCCUCUCGCUGUGAGGUUUGAGAGAGGCAGUGCUGGGGAAUGCUGGCAAAAUCCUCCAUGGCUCUUUGGGCAUGGUUGCCGGGGGGUGGGCAGGUGGGCGGUGGGAGCUACUGUCUGUGGGGCCAAGGGCUCUGCUGGCCUUCCUGGGAGGGGGCUUCUCCUGUCACCCUUUGCACUGUAGCCCUUUUGCUCGAGAUCAGAAAGCAAAAGUUCUUGGCUGUUUUGCACUUGAGCUCGACCUGAUCCCGCUGCCUGCUCUCAUGAGGGAAAACUGUUGUCUUGUGUAUAUUUUAUUUUUAUGGAGGUUUUUUUUAAAGCAAAACUAGUUUUCAUAAAUUGAUUUCUGUUCCUAUCACAUAGAAAUGAUUCCUGUCCAUGCCUUUCAAAAGAGAACUCUCUGGCUCGCUACAAGAAUGCUUGCAGGUCAGCGUGUCAGCAGCUGCAUUGGUGCCACAGCGCAGGGGGAUGGGGAGGCCGCCCGCCAGAAGAGGGCAAACCCUUGUGUCCUUCUCCACGCUUGUUCCUUUCAUGGGGACCGUAAGGGAGGACGUCCGUCCGUCGUCACUUCUGAGGGCUCCAUCUGUGGACCAGUCUGCAACUUGUGCUACUGAGAUCUGCCCUGUGACCUCUGGUUCUCGCCAGGCCAGGAGUCGUGGCCCUUCAGAAGGGUCUUCUAAAAGCUCUGUUCAUGUAGUUGCAACCUCAGUUGCUGUAAACGCUUUGAAAAGUGGGCCAAAAGAGGCCCUGCUGGAGCUGGGCCCUUUGCACGGCUACCUGCCUCAUGCAAACGUCUCAGAAGAGCCAGCUUCUGCUGAAUGCAUCGAGAGGGAAACUGCUGUCUACACAACGGUAAAUGCAGGCUAGACUCAAACCCAGGACUUCUGGAUGUGGGAGGGCUGAGGCAGGAGCCAAGCGGGGGCAAAUAGCUUGAAAGGGAUUCCAGUUUAUGUUUAGAUCUUGCAUCUUCUGCUUGCAUCACGACCACGUCCAACACAAACCUAGUAUGUUUAUUGAUUGUCUUUAUUGAUUCCUUUUGGGGGGUGGAGUUAGAAUCAUAGAGUAGAUUUUAUAAACUAAUGUGGUAGAAGGAGCUUCUUUUGCACAUAUUAUUGCACAACAAGGGGGAAUUCUUAGGAAAUGUUAACGUGAAAGGGAACACUGGUUUAUUUCUUUGGUCCUCUCCAGGCUACUGUUUCUAGCGGCAAGGGAAUGGGGCUGCGUGAGGCUUACAAUGGAAAUGGCAGCAGGCAUUAGCUCAUUCGGUUGAACUGUAUGUUUAUUAUCCAUCCGUAACUUUUAUUAAAACCAUAUCACCAA